AAAAGAAAUGACAUUUCAGAUCAGAAUUUAUUCUAACUUAACCUAAUUUCGGUUCGUUGUUUAAAACUUGAUAUUAUUCAAAUAAAAUACUUAUUCGAAAAUGACUACAAUUGUUGUAAACGAUGAACAAGAGCUUAUAACGAAGAUAGCUUCUAAAAUCGAGAAGAUAGCUAACGAUGCCAUUGAGAAUCGCGGAAAGUUUUACGUCGGGUUUUCAGGUGGUUCCGUGUUAAACUACCUCUGUGAGUGCCUCCAAACUGUGGACACUGACUGGUCAAGCUGGGUUGUGGCAUUCUGUGAUGAACGUUUGGUGCCUGAGAACGAUGAUGACUCCACCUUUGGCACCUACAAGAGAGAACUGAUUCCUAAGACGAAGCUGGUUGAGCAGCAGUUCAUAAAGAUAAAGCAAGGCGUUUCAGCCGAAGCAGCUGCACAGGAUUAUACAGAGAAGUUGACCAAGGCGUUUGGCAGUGAAGACUUCGUGUUUGACCUGCUUCUGCUUGGCAUGGGACCUGAUGGACAUACAUGCUCCCUGUUCCCUGGACAUCCUUUACUGGAUGAAACCAAGUUGAAGGUGGCUCCCAUCACUGACUCGCCCAAGUUCCCACCGGAGAGGAUCACACUCACUUUCCCCACUAUAAACAAAGCUAGGAACUGUUUGUUUGCGAUCUGUGGCUCGAGCAAGGCGGAAAUGAUUCAACGCAUCCUGAAGGACAACGACGAAUCGGUGCCGGCGCGCAGAGUGAAGCCUCACAGUGGCUCCCUCUACUGGGUGCUCGACCAACACUCCGCUAAGAACUUGUAGACGCUUAUACAAGAACGUAUUGCCCUAUACAUACAAUAAUAAUAGUCUAUACUAUACACAGUAGGUGUAUAUGUAAUACCUAUUUAGUAGGUAGAAUUUAUAUAAAAGUUGUUAUGCGAAAACUGACGUCAUGCAUACACCAAGUCAUUUUAAACUUUAUACCAUUUUAAUACUAAAAACACAUCUUCAAUCCUGGAUACUCUUGAUUCAACAGAGAGUUUAUCAAAGUCGGUCUAGCUGUUUAAGAGUCCCGAUGUCGCACGACAGAUAGACAUGGUAAACUUAUAUCUAAAACCUCUUAGUUUUUACGUCGUAGUUUAAAUUUUUUGAACGAAACGAUUUCGUUUUAACUCCAAACAUCUAAUUUCAAUGAAAUAAUUCGAUAUAAUAUUUAUUUAUUGAAGGCUGCUUACAAUUGUAUCGCCGAUGUAUUGUUUUUUAAGAGAAAUGACUAUUUUGGCUUCAAGAGUAACAAUAAAGAAUUUGAGUUAUAAAAAAACUAAGAGUUUAUAGUACAAAUUAGAAAAAUAUAUAAAUGAAUCGUAGUUAUGUACUGAGACCUAAUCAUUCCAACAAAAUAUAUAAAAAAUAGAAUCUCUAAGUUUUUUUAAUUUAACUAUUUUCGGAGAAAACAAAGCAUUUAUUAACGUUCCAUUACAUUCCUGUACACUGAUACUAUUAAUAAAUAUUUUGAGGGUA